AUGGGUAAGGCCAACCAGACAGCAGUGACGGAGUAUGUCCUGCUGGGACUACAGGAGCACCGUAACCUAGAGACGGUCCUGCUUCUGCUCUGCCUGGGUGUCUACUCCGUGAAUGUGCUGGGGAAUGCCCUCCUCAUAGGGCUGAACGUGCUGGACCCCCGCCUGCACAGACCCAUGUACUUCUUUCUCAGCAACCUCUCCCUCAUGGACAUCUGUGGCUCGUCCUCCUUCGUGCCUCUCAUGCUGGUCAACUUCCUCAAAGCCCAAAGGACCAUCUCCUUCCCUGGCUGUGCCCUGCAGAUGUACCUGACCCUGGCGCUAGGCUCCACAGAGUGCCUGCUCUUGGCUGUGAUGGCCUAUGACCGUUAUGUGGCUAUCUGCCAGCCGCUUAGGUACCCAGAGCUCAUGAGUGGGCAGACGUGCGUGUGGAUGGCAGUGCUAAGCUGGGGGGCAGGCUUUGCCAACUCACUGCUGCAGUCCAUUCUCACCUGGAGAGCCCCCUUCUGUGGCCACAGUGUCAUCAAUCACUUCUUCUGUGAGAUCUUGGCAGUGCUGAAACUGGCCUGUGGGGACAUCUCUCUCAAUGCGCUGUUCUUGGUGGUGGCCACAGCUGUCCUGUCGCUGGCCCCAUUCCUGCUCAUCUGCGUGUCCUACGUUUUCAUCCUGGCUACCAUCCUGAGGGUGCCCUCUGCUGCAGGCUGGCACAAAGCCUUCUCCACCUGCUCUGCCCACCUUGCAGUGGUGGUCGUUUUCUAUGGGACCAUCUCCUUCAUGUACUUCAAGCCCAAGGCCAAGGACCCUAACUUGGAUAAGAUUAUUGCACUGUUCUAUGGGGUCGUGACCCCCUCACUGAACCCCAUCAUCUACAGCCUGAGAAAUGCAGAGGUGAAAGCUGCUGCCACAGCCCUGCUGAGGGGAUAUCUGCUCUCCAGGAAAAUGCCCCACUUGUGCCGCUGCUCUCCACCCUUCCAGGCAGGACAGGCUAAGUUAUAUCGUGGCAAUGACUUCAAAAUUUCAGUGGCGUAA